UGUAAGUACAGGUACCUGUUCACGAGGCAAAUGAAUUGGUUGCAUGGGAGGAUGCGACUUGGGAAGAAACAGGAGGAGAAGGAGGAAGAGAAGAGACAUAAGGAAAGGAAGAAAAAGAAAGAGAGGAGGAAGAAGAAGAAGAAGAAGACGGAGGAUAGGGAAAAAGAAAGAGGAAGAAGAAGGAGAGAGAGGAAGAAGAAGGAGAGAGAGGAAGAA